ACCAUGGAAGCGCUCAGUUUGCGACAUGUAUUCGCCAUUUUGCUGCCUCCUCGGUGUGUGCGUGUGUGGGCUCCUCUCUCUCUGAAUACCUCUGAAGAUUACAAUUAUUUAACACCACAGGCACUCGCUAAAACAACCGUGGAACAUGUCUGCACUUAGGGAACUGUAGCUGCCGCAGAAUGACAUGGACAUUUGGACGACGUAGCUUUUAGAUAGACUCUUCAAGCAACCGAAGAGGAUCGGGGGCGAUGCGAGCUUGACAAACAGAUGAGUGGUUUUCCAUCACCAACCACUCAGGAUGAACGCAAGAAGUAAAGAGGAGGAAUAUCAUUAUCCUCACAGGAUUGCGGUUGCUUAUUUGGAUUCUCAAAUUUGACCACAUCACACAAGAUCCUUGAGAAUGAUACCUGGACUGAUUACCCAGGAGUUACAUCAGCAGCUCCUGGACCUGAAGAAUUAUCAGAACCGCACAAAUGGAGUGGAAGAGCUCAAACAUGUACUGUCAGAGGUGGAUAUGAAAUCAGUCCCUCCUGGCAGCAUUGAGGAGUUAAUCAAUUUUCUCCCACGGCUUCUAGAUGACAGUAAUUUCAAAGUAUUUUACUGCACCUUACAAGUCUUAAACCUAGUGAUUCAGAAGCUAGACAGAGGUGUUGACAAAUAUUUUAAACAGAUAGUCUUAGUGGCUCUUAAAGCCCUAGGGGACACUCGCACUGUCACCAGAAGUGAAUAUAUGAAUGUGUUUCGGCAGCUGAUGAAAACUUUACCACCGCAACAAAUACUGGAUCUCGUCAUUGGCAAUUUGAAACACAAGAAUUCAAGAGUCCGGGAAGAUGUACUCAACAUCAUCAUGGCAGCCUUGCUCACUCAUCCAAGGAAAGAUUUCAAUGUCCCCAAGCUUUGCUUUGAGGUUGCACCUUACCUGGCGGACAGCAAAAGGAAGGUUCGCCAUGCUGCCCUUGAGCUGUUCGCUGUUUUUGACUAUUGCCUUGAAACAGGGAAAAGGCAGCCUCUUAUGAAAGCUGUGGACAUGGUUGAACUGAAUGAGGAUGCAGAGGGUCUAAUGGCAGCUGUACAGGCAAGACGAGCCAGACGCGUCCUUCCAAAACUCUCCUCAGAUGGGACAGUGGAGUACGGCUUGGUGAUGCCCAAACCAGGACAGCGGUCCUCCUUUCAGAAUGGUUCUACCGCUGACCUGGACUGGGUGAUGAAUGGAGGGCGGGCAAGCAGUGCCAGGAGCCACCGGUCUGAACCAGACAGCGAGCGGUUUUAUAGCUAUGGCAGCUUAGGUUCCCUCACUGAUGACCUUCCACUUCAAAGGAGGAUCGUAAGUGCAGGUAAAGGGAAGAACAAACUACCCUGGGAGAUGUCCAGUUCCUCAUCCACUGAUACUGACCAGCAGUGCAGUACCCCAAAUGGAAAGAUCUUCGAACAGGUAGCCAGUGAGGAUUUCCCUCCCCUGUCCAGGAAGCAGAGUCCAGAGACCUACGUACCUAGCUUCAGUUCUGCGGAGCCUCAGAAGCCACAAUCCACCCGAAGGAGAGCGUCCCCUGCUCGCCUUAGAAGAAGUGGGAGCCUCAACUUGGACCCUGACAUAUUUAAAACAAACUUCUCUGAUUCAGAUGUUGCCCCCAAAGGACGCACACUCUCAAGGAACCCAAGUGUUGAGCGCACAUUUUCCCUCCCCUCCAACCCCACCACAUCCGGCUCCUUCCUACUGCCCUCCUACCCACUGGCUGCACUCCCAGGAGGCAUGCUUACUCCAACACUGUCCCGCCGUCGCACUGACUCGUCCCUCUCUAUGUCCAACACCUGGCCCAACAAGAGAGAGAGCAGCCCUCACCAGCGGGACACCAGCCCCUGGAGAGACACAGCAAGUGCAGCUAAAGGUGAUCCUGCCUCUAGCAGAUGCUCCCCCUGGCCUCUCCGUGCCUCUCUUGUAAGUUCUUCAUCGACUUCAUCGUUUCGCCGGGCUCUGACCAGCCCAAGAGCUACCCUCUCUAUCUCACCAGUCGUCCCUACAUCAGAGCAGAUAUCCAUUGCUCCAGGCAGCCCUCAGAAGGAGCUAGACUACAAUCUGGACCCUGACAACAGUACAGCUCUGGAUGUUCAAGAGGAUGAUCCUCUGGACAUGCAAGAGAUGCUGAACUCGCUGCGCUCACUCCGCAACAGCGCUGCCAAAAAGAGGGCCAAAGUGAGCCUCGGCAGUUCAGAUCAAGACCCUGACAGCCCUGACUCUGCUGUGAGGCUGGACUCACCUUCACACACCUCGCCGAUGCUUUCUGAGAAAGACAGUGAAGAGAGUGGUCUGUCCAGUCUGAGCUCUGUUGCCAAUGGCAUCAAAAGCAGCCCCAGAAACUCCACCUCUUCAGGAAUGAAACCUCGCAUUGCAAGAGUGCCUUCUGCAAAACUGAGGUCUUCAGUGUCCACUGACUUCAGCUGCCUUCAAGGACUGCCACAAAGAAAUGAACUGCCGUCCGAGGUGGGUGUUGUUGGGCAGAGAGUCACUUACUCUAACGGAGCGAUCAAAACUGAAGAAGAGAUAACAGGACUGUCCUCACAGUCGGUCAAAGCAGGCGUCCGUGAAUCAGUCAGAGCGUCAAAGCAUACCAAAGGUUCUCAGAGCCACAGCAGCAGGAACUCACCUUCCACAGAUAUGCCUGAAGGAGUCAUCGGAAGAGGCAUGUUUGGCACAGUAUCCUCCACCCGUCCAGGAGCCGCCUUGACACUUGAGCAGGGGAAUUCUAUGACCACAUCCCCCACUGAUCCCUCAGCAGGCAUCUACAGCCAUGUUCACUUAGACAGCGAUGACAGCCCACGUCUGGAUGAAGUGAAGGUUAGCCACACUCAAGUUGUAAAUCAUAGAAAGUCAGCAUACAAAGUUUCUGGUUUCUUAAGUCCCACCCGGUGCUUUUUCUGCCAGCAGAGGGUGAAAAAUACAAGGUUUAGCCGGGACAGGAUGCGGCUUCAGGGUCUGGAUCAGCAAGAGCUCAUUCAGGAGGACCAGAGACGGGAAAAGAAUCGCCAUCGAGUCAGACAGCUGCUUUCUGACUCACCCACAGAGAACAGGGCAUUGAUCUUCAAAGAUCUGCAUCUGAACGGCAGCACGCUACCCACCACCAAAGCAGACCUUCUCUCCGAUGAGUCCCCUAUCAGCCCCACCAGUCCAAUCAGCCCACCAGGACCCCAGAGUCCCCUUAAGUGCUUCACUCCGCCCCAUCAGCCAAGCCCCCCCACAGUGCCCCCGAAUCCCAAAAGCUUGUCACGUGUUAGGAGGGCCCCCAGCCUCAGCAGGACAAGACCAUCACUGUCCCACAGCUCAGAUGAGCUAUCCCCUGGUGCUGUGGGCCAAAAGAAAAAUCUCUCAGAGCCUCAGGAGCUGUGUCCGUUUUCCAAGCCGGACCUGGCACUGGCACAGAGCUUCAGCCUGCUGAGCUCUGAAGACUGGGAGAGGAAAAUCGAGGGUCUGACGUUCCUGCGCAGUCUGGCUCACUACCACUCAGACACACUCCAUGGCAGGCUUCAUGAAAUCUGCUUGUGUCUCAUUCAAGAGGUGAAGAACUUGCGAUCAGGUGUGUCCAGGGUCGCAGUGUGUACGCUGGGUGACCUGUACACUCACCUGCAGAAGGCAAUGGACCAGGAGCUGGAGGGGACGGUUAAAGCUCUGCUGCAGAAAGCCGGGGAGACGAACGCCUUCAUCAGGCAGGACGUGGACGCAGCUUUGGACUGCAUGGUUCAGCACUGCACACCCACUCGUGGUAUCAAUGCGUUACUCUCUGGUGGACUUAGUCACCUUAACGCAGUGGUGAGAAAAUGCACAGCCCAGCAUCUGGCUAACCUGGUGGAUAAGGUUGGUGCUGUCCGUCUUCUGUCAGGAGGUAAAGAUCUGACAGACAGAAUCUUACCUGCUGUCACCAAACUUGCACAAGACUCCUCGCAGGAAUCCAGGUACUUUGGGCGUCGAAUGCUGCUCUCUCUGUCAUCCCAUCCUGACUUUGACAAGAUCCUGGAGAAAUACAUUCCCACCAAAGACCUGCCAACUGUCAGAGACACUGUCUUCACUCUAAAAACAAAGGGUCUGGGUGAGAUACCCCAAGACACACAAUCAGCCAGGGGAAGACGCUCUCUUCCAGGCAGUGGUACAGUCAGAGCCUCAUCUCUAACUAGAGAGCCACUUAAUAACAGGGAGUCAAACAGCCAUUACAGCUGCAGAUCACAGACUCAGAGUAUUGCAGACAAGAAUGAAUACAUCAAGCAGAUCUCAGGUCUGCUAGGUUCAAAGGACUUCAGAGAGAGGAUCAAGGGAAUCGAUCAGCUAGCGUCUGACUGCCAGAACAACCCCAACAUGGUCAUCAAUGGUAUUUUUCCCGUGUUUGAUGCCUUCAAGGCCAGACUGCAGGAGUCAAACAGUAAGGUCAAUUUGCAUGCACUCGAGUCUCUACAGAAAAUCAUCCAUCUAUUAAAGGAUAACCUGUCCCAAGUGGUCAACAUCCUGGUACCAGCAAUCGUAGACAAUCACCUCAACUCCAAGAACAACGCCAUCUACUCUGCUGCUAUUGGAGCAAUUCAUGCACUUAUCUCAAAUCUCGAUAAUAUACUUCUUCUUCAGCCAUUCUGCACCAAGGCUCAAUUUUUAAAUGGCAAAGCAAAGGUGGAUCUCAUUGAAAAGGUUGCUGACCUUGUGACAGAGCUCUACCCUCGCAAGCCCCAGAUGGUGGAGCAGAAGGUGCUGCCCUUGCUGUGGAACCUCCUGGGUACCUCUACCCACAGCGGGACCAUUCAUGGCCGGGUCGGCAGUGUGAGGGGUGCUACUGCCAACCUGUGCCAAGCCCUUUACGCCCAGAUGGGGUCCACUCUGACAGAGUAUGCUGUCUCACAGCCUGCCAAUGUCCGUAAAAGUUUAAAUGAUGUCCUAAGGACCUUAUCUUAAAGGUAAAACAGGAUCUAAACACAUCCACCUGUUGGAAAAAACAUUUUCACUGACUUUACUUGAAGACAGAGAUGUUGUACAUUUCUCAUAGUGCCUGCACUUUUUUACCAAUAAAGAGACAGUCCUUAAAAAGUA